AUGACUGAAGAUCUAGCUCACAUCACUGCGGCCAACGCCCGCGACUCACCACUGCUGCGACUUCCUGCCGAACUUCGCAAUCAAGUCUUCGAAUACGUAUUCGAUGAUGUGCGAUUCCACGUCGACAAGACCACCACGCCAAUCCUAUCUCCUCAGCACCACUCCUACUGUAUCACGAGCUCUGAAGUGCACGUUCGAUUCCUCAUACCGUCUACAUGUCGCCAGGUCUACGCGGAGACAGCGGUCAUGCCCUAUCGUUCCGCAGUCCUCGAGUUCACCAGCCCACAAAGGCUCAUGAACUGGUUGAGAGACUUGCCACCGGGAGUUAGAGGAAACGUGAGUGAGAUUUCUUUCUACGAAAGCAGUGUUGCUUGCCUGAUAUCGCGAGGAACAUCUAGUGAAAGUAGCGUUGGAGCCCAGCAACACGACUGGCUCAUUGAGGCCUGUAGCUCGCUUCAAGGCCUAGAACGCGUUCACUUCGGUACUUAUACGAGGACGUUCGAUACAGAACUGACUGCGGGUGUCGAGUUCCUCCAAGAACAACUCGCCAAGUCGGACGGAAGGAAGGUGGAAGUAGUCCUGCGGUAA